AUGGCAACAACUUUAACGGGAGGAAACCCACAUAUCGUCCAGCUUCCUACGACGCCCCCAAGCUCUGGUGGCUGUGACCCCCGAGCUAUCGUUCAGCAAUGGUUCAAUGCCCUACAAGCCCAGCUCUCGCAGCCCGACUCAAUCGACCUCAAAUACCUUUUCCAUGCCGAUUCAUGGUGGCGUGACAUGCUAGCCCUGGACUGGGAUAUGCGCACUCUCCACACAGCUGCUGAGAUACAGCAAUUCUUGCGCAAAUGCCAGGCUCAGGUCCAGUUGUCUGGUUUCAAGCUUCAAGACCAAGGAAAAUGGCAACCGAAAGUGGAGCAGGUUGUUGAUGGAUUGAGCUGGGUAUCGAGUAUGUUUUUCUUCGAGACGGCCGUUGGGAAAGGAUCAGGUAUGAUUCGGUUGACCCAGAGUGCCGAUGAGUGCUGGAGAGCGUACGCGGUGUAUACAUCGUUGCAGGAGAUGACGGGAGCCGAAGAGCCGAUCGGGAAGCGGAGAGCAGCGGGUACUACGGAGACUAUGCCCGGAGGCUUGGCUGGUGGGACGUGGAUUGAGCGGAGGGAGAGACAGAAGGAGUUUCUGGAUUCAGAGCCAACUGUGUUGGUUGUGGGAGCUGGUCAAGCGGGGUUAAACAUAGGUGCUCGUCUGCAGAACCUUGGGCUUUCGUGUCUGAUUGUCGAUAAGCACGAACGUGUGGGGGAUAACUGGCGUAAGCGGUACAGGACUCUAGUCACACACGAUCCGGCCGAAUUCACGCACAUGGCAUACCUCCCAUUCCCGCAGAACUGGCCCCAGUUCACACCCAAAGACAAACUCGGCGAUUGGUUCGAGGCCUACGCAAGCAUUAUGGAAUUGAAUGUCUGGGUUAAAACAUCCGUGGCAUCUGCCGAGUAUAACGAUGCCACUGCUGAAUGGAAGGUAAAUGUCACUCGCGGUGAUGGGACCUCACGCACACUACGUCCACGCCAUGUAGUGUGGUGUACAGGACAUUCAGGUGAAGCCCGGAUUCCAAGUUUCCCCAACCAAGAAUCCUUCCAGGGAACUGUGUACCACGGUAGCCAACACACCGAUGCCUCGGACUCAGACGUGCGAGGGAAGAAGGUUAUCGUUGUCGGCACUGGAAACAGUGGACACGACAUUGCCCAAAACUACUAUGAAAAUGGUGCCGAUGUGACUAUGCUACAGCGCAGCGGAACAUAUGUCAUAACUGCCGACAAGGGCGUGUUUAUGAUGCACGAAGGCAUGCACGAAGAUGGCGGCCCUCCGACAGAAGAAUGCGAUAUCGUCUCCGAGAGUCUCCCCUUCCCCGUUCAGUUCGCCCUAAGCGUGCAUAACACAAAGCGCUUCGCAGCCGCCGAAAAAGAAACACUCGAUGGCCUCCGUAAAGCAGGGUUCCAACUCGACUUUGGUGUGGAUGGUGCCGGUAUUGCGCGUGCGUAUAUGACACGUGGUGGCGGCUACUACAUUGAUGUUGGCUGUAGUCAACUUAUCAUCGAUGGCAAGAUCAAGGUCAAGCAUAGUCCGCGCGGGAUCACCGGCUUUGGGCCUCGUGAGCUAUGUCUUGAGGAUGGUAGCACUUUGCCAGCUGAUAUUGUUGUCUUGGCUACCGGCUAUGAUAAUAUGCGCACAACAGUUCGGAAAGUUCUUGGCGACAAAAUUGCCGAUCGUUGUCAGGAUGUGUGGGAUUUGGAUAAUGAGGGAGAGCUUCGAGGGAUGUGGCGACCCAGUGGUCACCCUGGCUUCUAUUACUUUGGUGGUAACCUUGCUCUAUGCCGCGUCUACUCUAAAUUCCUGGCUUUCCAGAUCAAGGCUGUUGAGGCUGGGCUUUCGACCGGCAACCGCCAGUAUUAG